UUUCUUCUCUGCUGCGGUGGGAGUCGUUCAGUCCGUCUGUCGGCGUCUCAGAAACCAUUCCACGCGGAAGCCAGUUGCCGGAGGAGAGGCGCGGCGUGGAGCCGAGCUAGUCGGAGGAAGCCGCCGCCGCCCCAGCGGAACGCGCGGGCCCGCCCAGGGCGUUCGUUUCUCGGCGCGCAGUCGCAGGGCCCGGCCGACGCUCCAGGGCCAUGAGUUACGGCCGCCCGCCUCCCGAUGUGGAGGGCAUGACCUCCCUCAAGGUGGACAACCUGACCUACCGUACCUCGCCCGACACCCUGAGGCGUGUCUUCGAGAAGUACGGGCGCGUCGGCGACGUAUACAUCCCGCGGGACCGCUACACUAAGGAAUCCCGCGGCUUCGCCUUCGUCCGCUUCCACGACAAGCGUGACGCCGAAGACGCCAUGGACGCCAUGGAUGGGGCCGUGCUGGACGGCCGCGAGCUGCGCGUGCAGAUGGCGCGCUACGGCCGACCCCCGGACUCGCACCACAGCCGCCGGGGACCCCCACCCCGCAGAUAUGGGGGUGGUGGCUACGGGCGCCGGAGUCGCAGCCCCAGGCGGCGCCGCCGCAGCCGAUCCCGGAGUCGGAGCCGGUCCCGGUCCCGCAGUCGAUCUCGCUACAGCCGCUCCAAGUCUCGGUCUCGCACUCGCUCGCGAUCGCGGUCCACGUCCAAGUCCAGGUCGGCGCGAAGAUCCAAGUCCAAGUCAUCGUCCGUGUCCAGAUCUCGCUCACGGUCCCGGUCCAGGUCCCGGUCCAGGAGUCCCCCGCCCGUGUCCAAGAGGGAAUCCAAGUCGAGGUCGCGGUCCAAGAGCCCCCCCAAGUCUCCUGAAGAGGAGGGAGCCGUGUCCUCUUAGGCAAACGCUGCGGUCUCCUGUUUGAUAAAAGAAUAUUGGCCAGUAUUGCAGAUUUUAACUGAUUUGGCUGAUCCUCCAGGGACCAGUUUCUGUGGGCGUGUGUUGGAGCAGGUUUGUCUUUAAACGUUAAAGAUGCACUAUCCUCCUAGAGGAGGCACUCGGCUCAACUCUUGUUGUGCCGACUGGGUCGCUGUUCUAGUGGAUGUGGCAAACGCACUGCAAAAAGCAGCAUGAACUUUGGAACCCAAAAGUGUCCAGGUACUGCGCUGGGUGGGGAAAGGAUAGUGUGUCUUUAACUCAAAUUGUUUGGUCCUGUUUUUUAAGGAAGGGCCCUGAGUAGCUCAGACAUGAAAGCCUUAUUCUCGAUUGCCAAACGUUUCGUUUAAAAACCAAAUUUAUCCUGAAAUAUAGGUUACUUUUCUGAUUUCAAGUUUUGUUUGGAUACAGCCCCCCUUUUUCCCCCCUUUCCUUUUCUCCCCCCUCCCCUCCUUAAUGAUUUUUCACCUUGGUUAUUUGGCCAAGAACGCACAAAUUUGUAAAUGCUGAUGUGAAAUUUUCCUAAUUUGGGCCUUAACCAUUUGUGAGAACGGCCGGGUGGAACCUUUCGGUAACCUCCUUGUUUCACCAGAGCCUUAGACGGCACAUGCCGAGUUCAUGCCCGAAAUUGAAACCAUGUGCACUUUGGGCGGCUUCACGGUGACGGGAGGGAAACUGAACUUAAUUUCUUUUCAAACCUAGAUGUGUCGACAAGCAACGUAACAGAAACGGAGGAAAAGGACCCCGUGCUCAGUCCAUCAAAGUCCUUGGAACAAGCACCUGGCUAUUGAAAGGUUAUUUGUGACAUUUUGUCUAACUUUUUACUUUUAAGCUUUGCCUCAGGUGGCAAGCUGCAUUUUAUGUGCCAUUUUGUUGCUGUUAUUCAAAUUUCUUGUAAUUUAGUAAGGUGAACGACUUCAGAUUUCAUUAUUGGCUUGGAUAUUUGAGGUAAAAUUUCCUUUUUGUUUAUAUAGUGCUGACUUUUUUUGUUUGGAAUUAAACAGAUUGGUAACCUAAUUUGUGGCCUCCUGACUUUUAAGGAAACUUAAGGAAACGUGCAGCCAUUACACACACACAGCCUAAAGCUGUCAAGAGAUUGACUCAGCAUUGCCUUCAUUCCUUAGAAUUAAAAACCUACAAAAGUUGGUGUAAAUUUGUGCAUGUUAUUUACCUUCAGAUCUAAAUGGUAAUCUGAACCUAAACUCGUAUAAAGACUUUUCAGGUGAAAAGACUUGAUUUUUUUUGAAAGGAUUGUUUACCAAACACAAUUCUAAUCUCUUCUCUUGUGUAUUUUUGUGCACUAGGCGCAGUUGUGUAGCAGUUGAGUAAUGCUGGUUAGCUGUUAAGGUGGCGUGUUGCAGUGCAGAGUGCUUGGCUGUUUCCUGUUUUCUCCCGAUUGCUCCUGUGUAAAGAUGCCUUGUCGUGCAGAAACAAAUGGCUGUCCAGUUUAUUAAAAUGCCUGACAACUGCACUUCCAGUCACCCGGGCCUUGCAUAUAGAUAACGGAGCAUACAGUGAGCACAUCUAGCUGAUGAAUAAUACACCCUUUUUUUUUUCUACUCCACUCCACCAAAUGGUAAAAAAUGAUCAUCUUCAUGUAUGAACUUAAAAUUUGAAAAAUGUUAAGGAAGCAAAUGGUCUGUAACUUUGUAAGUACUUAAAACAUGGUGUAUCUUUUUUGCUCAUAAAUAUUCUGUACUAUAACCAUUGUUUCUAUAGUUUAAUUAAAAAUGUUUUCUUGGUGUUA